AUGACAACCGAGCUGUGCGAGCUGACAUGCCUCGGAAGCACCUACUUUGCCACCCAGUACGGGCGAGAGUGCUGGUGUGGUUCGGCGGGUAUGGACUACGCUUUGCACGGGGAGUCCACCGACUGCACCUACGGCUGCGCGGGGAACGCUGACCAAACGUGCGGCGGGUUCGACGCCGCCAACGUCUACCGCUACACGAACGAGAGCACUCCGACGUCAUCAUUCGUGGGAUGCUACCAAGACGAGUCGGACGCCCGCAUGAUGGAACUCGCGCUGACGGACAGUUCUUCUAUGACCAAGGAGAUGUGCGAGGCAGAGUGCACCGGAAACAGGUACUUCGGCAUGCAGUACGGGAGCGAGUGCUUCUGCGGCGGGAGCUCAACCAACCUCUUGGAGAACGGGGAGUCAAGUGCCUGCGACUACGAAUGCCCGGGGGACUCGGAGCAAGAGUGCGGCGGAUUCUACGCCAUGAGCGUGUACUCCUACUACUCGUAGUGCCAUCUCCACAAGAAAUUGUGAUAUCUCCUGGCUUCGCGUCAGAAUGGGUGGUGGUCCAGCGGACUCCAAGCUACCGCAAUACGAAGACCUUUGUAGCCCCCCCCUCCGACAUCGUAGGGAGAUGGCCGAAAAUGCGGUCGAUGCACAAAAAGAUAUCUUUCCACGGUACAAAAGGUUGCGAUCGGCAGUCAGUGUUGGUGCACUCCACCUACAACUACAAUUGUAUAUCACAAUUGUAUAUCUCCAAUGCAUGGAUGACGAUAAAAAGUGCUCGCGAAACGCCUCGCGGAUGGCAUAUGCCUAUAUGAUUAUCCUGAAUGGCAAUCUUCACGGAGCGACGUUAGCCAACCCAUUCCGACUUGCCGGCGUUCAUCUUCGACUGUCACAACACAAAACAAAAGGGGGACUACUUCACGAAAAUGUGGGGUACGACAGCAAGCACGCGCAUGCCUACCGCUAGACUAAAGAAUUCCGUGCUAGCGCUACCUGUGCCUGUGCCAAAGCACAUC